ACGACAAACAUGGCUCUCCUGUUGAGGCGAAACCUGCUGCCCCGGCUGGCCAAACUUCAUAAAGUGACGCGUUUAGCGAGCGCUUCCAUAUCAACUACACCGAAGAAUAAGGAAGUUCCAACGGCUACGGUGCCCGACACAGUCGGCAAACCGCCCGUGACCGCGGCCGACUUUGCGGACACCAAACCGCGGUACUGGAUUAGUUAUGGCUACAGUACCGAAGACUACCAUGAAGACAGUGAUGCCCAUCACACAAUUAUGUUCACGGGCCUCUCGUUGGUCGUGUGUGGCGCCGUGAUUGCGUUCGCGUACGCACCCGACUUCAAGAAUGUGGACUGGAUUGAGAGAGAAGCCCACCUCGAGUUGGAGAGGCGCGAGAAGUUGGGGCUGCCGCUUGUGGACCCAAACCUCAUUGACCCCAGCCGAAUCGUUCUGCCGUCAGAUGAGGAGCUCGGAGACUUUGAGAUCGUACUCUAAGGUCUAUUCUGUGUAGAGAUCAUUGAAUUUGUUUGUGAAUAAAGGAAAAGUAGCCUGUC